CGGCAGCUGCGGCGCGGCGGAGCUGAGCCAAAUAGUCCUGCGCUGCGCUCGCCGCUGGAGACCCGGGCUUUCUCUCGCCGGAGUCCAGAUCAUACAUAAAAUGGAUGUUUCUCACACUAGAUACUGAAUAUUAAGUAUAAAAUCUAUUUAGUAAAAUCUAAUCUACCAUGGAAGAAAUACCAGUAAAAGUUGCUGUAAGAAUUAGACCUCUGCUGUGCAAAGAAGUUCUUCAUAAUCAUCAAACUUGUGUGAGAGCUAUUCCAAACACCCAGCAAAUUAUCAUUGGGAGAGAUAGAGUUUUUACUUUUGAUUUUGUUUUUGGCAAAAAUUCCACUCAAGAUGAAGUUUAUAAUGCAUGUAUAAAGCCACUAGUGUUGUCACUCAUUGAGGGCUAUAAUGCAACUGUUUUUGCCUAUGGACAAACUGGAUCUGGGAAGACUUACACCAUUGGAGGAGGCCAUGUUGCUUCAGUUGUGGAGGGUCAAAAGGGUAUCAUUCCUCGAGCUAUCCAAGAAAUAUUUCAAAAUAUCUGUGAAAAUCCUAGCAUUGACUUUAAUAUCAAAGUAUCUUAUAUAGAAGUAUACAAGGAAGACUUAAGAGAUCUUCUAGAAUUGGAGACAUCUAUGAAGGAUCUUCACAUCCGGGAAGAUGAAAAAGGAAACACAGUCAUUGUUGGGGCCAAGGAAUGCCAGGUGGAGAGUGCAGAUGAAGUGAUGAGUCUUCUGGAGAUGGGGAAUGCAGCCAGGCACACAGGUACCACCCAGAUGAAUGAGCACUCCAGUAGAUCACACGCGAUUUUUACCAUCAGCAUUUGUCAAGCUGGAAAAAAUAUAGAUGCAGCUGAAGAUGGAGACUGGUAUUCCCAUCGGCAUAUUGUCUCAAAGUUCCACUUUGUGGAUUUGGCUGGAUCAGAAAGAGUAACGAAAACAGGGAAUACUGGUGAACGGUUUAAAGAAUCCAUUCAAAUCAACAGUGGGCUGCUGGCUUUAGGGAACGUGAUAAGCGCUCUAGGGGAUCCACGCAAGAAGAGUUCACAUAUUCCUUACAGGGAUGCUAAAAUUACCCGACUUCUGAAAGAUUCCCUGGGAGGCAGUGCCAAGACUGUCAUGAUCACGUGUGUCAGCCCAUCCUCCUCAGAUUUCGAUGAGUCCUUAAACUCUCUCAAAUACGCCAACAGAGCACGCAACAUUAGAAAUAAACCUAUCUUAAACUUCAGCCCUGAGUCAGACCGCAUGGACGAAAUGGAAUUUGAGAUUAAGUUGCUUCGAGAAGCUUUGCAAAGCCAGCAGGCUAGUAGUAUCAGCCAAACUAGCCAAACCCGGGAGGGAACUCCUGAUAAAAAUAGAAUCCAUUCUCUUGAGGAACAAGUGGCUCAGCUACAAGGAGAAUGUUUGGGUUACCAAAAUUGUUUAGAGGAAGCUUUUACCUUCCUAGUGGAGUUAAAAGAUGCUGUCAGACUGACCCAGAAACAGCAACACAAGCUGCAGGAGUGGUUUAACAUGACACAGGAGGUCAGGAAGGCAAUUCUCACCUCAUUCAGAGGAAGCAGAGGUUCCAGUAACCUGGAAGAAGGACCACAGGACAUUACAGUUCUCCAGCUCAAGCGAGAACUUAAGAAAUGCCAGUGUGCUCUUGCUGCUGAUGAAGUAGUAUUUAAUCAGAAGGAAGUAGAGAUGAAGGAACUAAAGAAUCAAGUGCAAGCCAUGGUACAAGAAAACAAAGGAUAUGUUGUAUCCUUGAAAGAAGCACAGAAAGUAAAUAAAUUUCAGAAUGAAAAAAUAAUAGAACAACAACUUCUUGUGGAUCAACUGAGUGAAGAACUAACAAAACUUAACCUGUCAAUGACUUCUUCAGCUAAGGAAGUUUGUGGAGAUGGGCCAGAUGUCAGGACACCUGAAAAGAGACCAUAUACUGUACCAUUUGAUAAUCAUUUGGGGCAUUGUAUUUAUAUCCCAGCAAGAUCAGAUUCCAGGAAGGUCUACACAAGCCCUUCUGUGUGCUCCCUGGAUCGAGUAGUUGCCGAAUUUCGAUCACGAAGUCAGAUGCUGCUGGGUCAUAUAGAAGAACAAGAUGAAGUCCUCCACACUCAGUUUUCUGAUAAUAGUGAUGAUGAAGAAUCAGAAGGCCAAGAGAAAUCUGAAAUUAAAUGUAGCAGUCGUUCAUGGAUUCAAAAACCAAGCUCUGUUUGUUCUCUUGUUGAACUGGAUGAUAUUCAGGAACAAACACAAAAGUCCAAUUUGGGGAAUGAAGAUUUGAAGAUUGAAUGUCUCCAGGAGAGCCAAGACUUGAAUUUGCAAAAAUUAAGGAAUUCAGAGCUCAUGCUUACUGAAGCUAAACAAAAAAUGAGAGAACUUACAAUUAACAUCAAGAUGAAGGAAGAUCUGAUUAAAGAAUUAAUAAAAACAGGUAAGGAUGCCAAGUCUGUAAGCAAACAGUAUUCUCUGAAAGUAACAAAACUUGAGCACGAAGCAGAACAGGCAAAAGUGGAAUUAUCUGAAACACAAAAGAGGCUACAGGAACUGGAAAACAAACAUCUUUCUGAUAUUGCUUUGAAGGUAAAAUUACAGAAGGAGUUCCGUAAAAAGAUGGAUGCUGCAAAGCUUAGAGUCCAGGUCUUACAGAAGAAGCAACAAAGUAGUAAGAAAUUGGCAUCAUUGUCCAUUCAAAAUGAGAAACGUGCUAAUGAACUAGAGCAGAAUGUAGAUCAUAUGAAAUAUCAAAAGGUACAGCUACAAAAAAGGCUUCGAGAAGAAAAUGAAAAAAGGAAGCAACUGGAUGCAGAAAUUAAGCGGGAUCAACAAAAAAUCAAAGAGCUAAAGUUAAAAACGGAACAGGAAGAUCACAAAGUGAAAACUGAAGAUUUUGAUGUAGUUAAGGUGAAAAGGAGAAACGGCUCACUGGGAAGUAUAGACCAGCUCCAGAAACUGGAUGAGCAAAAGAAAUGGUUAGAUGAAGAAGUAGAGAAAGUUCUGAACCAACGUCAGGAACUGGAGGAGCUUGAGGAAGACUUAAGAAAGCGGGAGGCUGUCCUCUCUAAGAAGGAGGCCCUGUUACAGGAGAAGAGCCACCUGGAAAAUAAGAAGCUGCGGUCUAGUCAGGUCUUAAACACAGAUAGUUUGAAAAUAUCAACUCGCCUGAGCUUGCUGGACAAAGAAUUAUCUGAAAAGAAUGUACAGCUUCAAAACAGCACAGCUGAGGAGAAAAUAAAGAUUUCAGCACAAGUUCAAGCUCUCCAGAAAGAAAAGGACCAGCUACAGAGACAAAGAAACUGUGUGGAUGAGAAACUUAAAAAUGGUAGCAUGUUAUCACCUGAAGAAGAACAUGUUCUUUUCCAACUUGAAGAAGGAAUUGAAGCUUUGGAAGCUGCAAUUGAAUACAAAAAUGAAAGUAUCAACAGUCGCCAGCGCUCACUUAGAGUUUCAUUACAAAACCUCUCUCAUAGUGAAGCAAAUAUCUUGGAAAAACUCACUUGCCUGAGUCCUGUUGAGAUUAGAGCUAUUCUUUUUAGAUAUUUCAAUAAGGUAGUUAAUUUGCGAGAAGCUGAACGGAAACUUCAACUACAGAAUGAAGAAAUUAAAAUGAAGGUUCUGGAACAGAAUAAUAUGGUUCGUGAGCUGGAAUCUGCACUGGAACAUCUGAAAUCGCAAUGUGACCGGAGACUAACCCUCCAGCAAAAGGAACAUGAGCAAAAAAUGCAGCUAUUGUUACAUCAUUUCAAAGAGCAAGAUGGGGAAGGCAUUAUGGAAACUUUAAAAACAUAUGAAGAUAAAAUCCAGCAAUUGGAAAAAGAUCUUUAUUUCUAUAAGAAAACCAGCAGAGAUCUGAAGAAGAAACUUAAGGAACUAGUAGGGGAAGCAAUUCGGAGGCAAAUAGUACCAUCUGAAUAUCAUGAUGCUGGAGAUGGAGUCUUGAACAUAGAAGAAGCAGGCCUGGUUUCAGAAGAAUUAAAAUGGGCAUCCAGAACUGGAAGUAUGAAGUUAAAUGGAAAGGAGAGAGAAUUAGACUGUUCAGCAAGCUGCUUAAGAACACAACCAAAUCCUCAGAAACUCUGUGAAGAUGGACCAGAAAUAUCUCCAGUUGAUAGCUCUUUAGCACCCACUAGUGGGCAUUUGUUAAGCAAUGAGGAUAAAACAGAAAUAGAUGAAAAUCAAUUCAUAAAAUCUCACAGUCAACCCUCAGUCCAAAUUCAGCCAGUGGGAAAUGUGGGACAGCUUCAUGGUGUCACACCUGUAAAGGUGUGUCGUAAAGAAUUACGUCAGAUUUCUGCCUUGGAACUAUCAUUACGACGCUCCAGUCUUGGAGUUGGGGUUGGAUCUGUGACUGCUGAUUCCAUUGACGUAGCCAGGAAACUGAGUGAUUUGAAAACUUAAGUGUUUAAUUAUAGAAUAUUUAAUUAAGUAGAUGUAUAAAAAGGUUCCUUUUUCUAACUUUUAAAGCUUAAGCUUACUAGCUUUUCUCUCAAGAGAAAGGAAGAAGGGGAAGAAGGACUGCCUAAAUCCUUUUGUAUACUAUAGAUAUGUACACCUCUUAUAGUAUGUUUGGGGAGUUUUAAUUUUUUUGUCCAUAAUAACUAAAGAAACAUAUUUUCCAGUACUGUUAAGUAGUGGAACUUUUAAAUGUUUCUACAUAAAAAUUUGCUUGGAUUUUUUUUUCCAGGCAUAUUUGAGAAUAGAACUAAGUAGAAUUAUAAAUUAAAAUACCCACCAAAUGUAUAUUAUUAUAUAGUGAAAAUGUAUAUUACAAAAUAUGUUAUAAUAAUUAUAAUAUUUUAUAUGUUCAUAUUGUUUUUUCUUAGAAGUACAGUUGGUUCUUGAACAACCUGGGUUUAAAUUACAAGGCUCCACUAAUAAUGUGGAUUUUUUUUCUAUCAGCAGUUUCCACAUUCAUGGAUUCAACCAACUACCGACGUCAGUAGGUUGAAUCUCUUUAUGUGAAACCCAUGUAUAUGGAGGGCCAACUAUAAAUUAUAUGCCUCUUUUCAACUGCAUGGGGGUUGGUUCCCCAAACCCCUAAAUUGUUUAGGAGUAAACUGUGUAUAUUUAUUUUUGUUAAAUAUUACUCGUAUCAGAGGGAUAGUAACCUGCUUCAUGUGUUUUGGAGUCUGGGCUCCAAGAUUCAGUCUGGGCUAAAGAAACUGGCUAAGUUGGGGUAUGGAUUAGGAUAAUUUAUGGUCAGUCUUAAUUUUGUAAACAUGAUCUUUCUUUUUUGGAUUUUUUUUAUUUAGUAUUUUCAUUAAAUUAUAUUAAAUAUGAAAUUAUAGCUUAAUUAUAAAACCAUAAUAUUAUUUAUUUAGAAAAUAUUAGAAGUUUGCUAUUAUUAUGGGAUAUAAGUUUUCAUAUCUCUCCUGCCCUAUCCCAAUGUCCUUUCUCAUUAUGCUACUAAAUUGGGAUAAAUGGAUGCAAUUUCAUGUAACAGGGAAACAACGAUAGAAUAACACUAAAGCAUUCUAACAUUUCAAGGAAAAGAUACCUGGUCAUGUGGCACAUGAUUCUAUAAUGUGAAGUCAAACCAGAGGAUCUUUAGCUAAUAGUCUAAUGGACUUAAUCUGAGAUUUUUUUUCUCUACAAACUGCUCAGUGACCCCUUGAAAACAGGGAGACCAUAUUGUAUCAAGACAGUAAAUAGAUAAAUGAAAACAUUUCUUGAAUAUAUUUUUGGUCUGCAUCUUCCAUAUUAUAAACUUCAGUUUGGGGCCUCCCCGGUUGAGCGCUGGGUUGCGAAGCUGCCCGCGGCCUCUGCGGCGCCGGUUCGAUCCCCGGCUGCUCCCCAGCCACCAGAGGAGGGUCCCACAUGGCGCGCAGACCUCUCCUGCCGCCUGCUGCUCCCCUCAGCUGUGUACUUCGGUCCUUCUGCCUGCUCUGCUCCCCGCUCUGGCUCUGGUGGAUUCUCUCACCCUCCCAACCUUCUGGCUGUACCCAGUGCAUGUAUAAACAAACAAACAAACAAACAAAUAAAUAAAUAAAUAAAUAAAUAAAACACUUCAGUUUGGAAUUAAGUAAACAUUGAUUUACAAAUACAACCUGUACUUUAUGAUACUGUUCAAUUACAGCAAAUAUCCCAGUGUAAUGACCAGUUAUUAUUUUUUUUACUUGAACAAAAUUUUACUUGUAAAAUAAAGUUGAGUUUCUUUAAUGAAUGUUUGGAAGGUACAGUAGCAAAACCACCCUCACUUAUGGGUAUCUCCUCAAUUAGAGUCACCCACUCUCUUGCUAAGUCCUUUUAUUAAAUCUAAUAUGCCACUGAUUUUUUUCUUUUGUCCUUUUCUCUGUUAUAGUGGAUCAUGACCACCUUAUCUAAGAUCUAAACUGAUUCUGUACUCAAAGACUAAAGGUUUUCUUUUUCUAGUUUCUAGCACUAAAGGAAUAAGUUUCCAUAGUCCCAUUGCUAAAAACCAGCGCCCCCAGGAAAAGAGCCAUGGUUUCUCUCUCUCUUAAGCAUGGUACUAAGAUUCCUUUAAAUUUUGACUGGGGUAGACUUCUGUGGAUUUACCUGGGAACUGAACCACAACUUAAAACAUUGGCCCAAUGAGAAACUGCUUCAGGCAACUAAUUUACAAACAAACUUGGAAAUGUUAACGGGUAAGAUUUUAAGUCAGAUUCCAGUUUUAAGCUAAUAGUCUCUUCUUUUGGCCUUUGUUUAAUGAUACCUACUUAAUAUAUUAAUGUAUAUGUAUAAUGGCAAAAGAGCUGUGCUUUCAAAGCACAACAAUCAUUUACUUAUUAACAAGUGAGUAUUUAUAAUGAAGAUCCUAAUUACAUAAUAAAUUCCUUAUCCUAGUAAAUAAUAAUUUAGAAAUAAUUCAUGUAAUAAUGUAUUCUGACACUGGAAUCCUGCUUGGCCAAGAAAUUGACACACAAUUGUUUACCUGUGGAAACGGAAACAAUUUCUAAAAGCAAGAAAACUUUUAUCAAACAAAUGAUAAGAUUUGAUGAUACAAAUUUGAACUGACUUCUAAAUUACAAAUAUGCAUUUUCCCCCUUUUGAUUAAACACAUAUCUUUUAUAUGCUAUGAUAGAUUUCACAUACACACAAAUAAUGUCCUGAAUAUAUAUUCUGGAAAUGAAUUUAUUGUCAUUCUAGUGUAGUCAUUGCCCUCACAAAGGAGAGAAAAAAUAAGGUACCUCCCCCAAGGCAAGUAAAAUAAUUCUUUUACCUCUACUAAUACCAAAUUUUCCUCUGUUUCACAUGUUUUCCUUAGUUUAAACAUUUUGCCAUUGUAUUUGCCUUUUUACAUGUGUAUAAAAUAAGUGUGAAGGUUUUGGGAGCUUCAUUUUUUUUCUCCACAUUUAACAAAGUAUUUGAAAUAGAAACAUUUGCCCAGUAAAGUACUAGUUCCUUCCCUAAUUCCAGAGUGUUAGAGAUGACAGAGUUGGAGAAAUCUUAAGUAUGGGAAUGAUGAGUGACAAGAACAUCAAUAAAGAUGAUUUUAUGUUUGUUAUGC